AUGACCGACUUAUCGAUAUACACUGUCGGGUGGAUAUGCGCCAUCGACAUCGAGUACACCGCCGCGCGAGCCUUCCUCGACGAAACUCACGAGCGGCCCGAAGCAAUCCCAGUUCACGAUAACAAUGCAUACACUCUCGGCCGAAUAGGAAAGCACAGCGUGGUGAUUGCGGUCUUACCCGACGGUGAAUACGGUUUAUCCACGGCGGGAAUUGUUGCCCAGCGUAUGCUUGGCUCCUUUCCGAACGUUCGCAUCGGCCUGAUGGUCGGAAUUGGCGGCGGUGCCCCUAGUCAAAGAACGGGACACGACAUUCGCCUCGGAGAUGUUGUGGUCAGUUCUUCUCGUGACGGCCACACAGGUGUACUUCAGUACGAUUUCGGCAAGACUAUCCAGGACCAGGAGUUCAAGGUUACGCGGUCUUUAAAUCUCCCGUCAGAUGUCCUCAGAGCGGCUGUGACUGAACUGAGAGUCAUUUUUGAGGAAGAAGGGAGCAACCUACCCCAGGCGAUUGAUGUCGCAUUAUCGAAGAAGCCAAAGCUGCGUCGCAAGUACGAUCGACCGCCAUCGGAGACGGAUAGACUUUUCCUCAGUCAUGUGGUCCAUGAGCCUAAUACCCCGAUCGAAACGCCCGAGCCAGAUCUUCUAGUAUCUAGGCCAGAACGAGGAGAAGAUGACGACAAUCCGGCCGUCUUCUAUGGACUCAUAGCAUCUGCCAAUCAACUCAUGAAGGACGCGAAUACUCGAGAUAAAUUCGCUGCAGAUAAAGGUGUUCUAUGCUUCGAGAUGGAAGCUGCGGGACUUAUGAAUCACUUUCCGUGCUUAGUGAUCAGAGGUAUCUGUGACUACUCUGACUCUCAUAAGAAUAAGCAGUGGCAAGGCUACGCAGCUAUGACUGCAGCUGCCUAUGCCAAGGCACUGCUAUCAAUACUUUUGCCGACCAAGGUUGAAAAUGAGAAGAGACUCGCGGAGAUCGUCGAAGUUGGACUACAAAACGUCUUCGAGACAAUGUCGAGCGUCAGCCAGUCGAUUGAUUAUGGUAUCUUGAACAAACUGACAGUAGCCACAGGCGCUGCGUAUGACUCUAAAGAUAACCAUCAUGAAGAGCCAUGUCUUCCGGGUACCAGAGUUGAGCUUCUCGAGGACAUCAGAUGCUGGGCCCAGGACCCGACCGACCGCAGGAUCUUCUGGCUGAAUGGAAUGGCCGGCACUGGUAAGUCCACUAUUUCUCGCACCGUCGCGGCGAAAUGCGCAGAACUUGAUAUUCUGGGAGCUUCCUUCUUCUUCCGAAGAGGAGAAAGUGACCGAAGCUCGGCGGGUCUUGUGUUCAGCACAAUUGCUAGACAACUGGCCGAACGACGACCGGACCUUCGUCAACCCAUCAUAGAGGCCGUCAAGAAUUCCCAAGAUAUAUCCUCUAAGCAGAUUUCGGAGCAAUUUCGGCAGCUACUCUUGGAACCCUUCCAGCAGACGUCAUCUCUGCCAGCCGGACAGGCACAAAUACUUAUCAUCGAUGCUCUAGACGAGUGCAUAGAUGAUAGAGAUGUCGAGAGUCUUGUUGCUUUGCUCUCUGAACUAGUCAAGCCCGAGUCAUUCGGCCUCAAACUCUUCAUUACCAGUCGGCCCGAUGUUGCGAUCAAGUUUGCUCUUGGUCCAAUCAAAGGAUCAUAUCAAGAGAUAAUCCUCCAUGAGGUUACAGAGGCCUUCAUUGACAAAGACAUCGAAACAUACCUGAGGGCUACAUUGUCAAAAGUCAAAGACAGGUGGAACCGCGUACCGGGCAAUGCUCUUCGGGAGGUACCAAUGGACUGGCCGGCGGAAGAAACCCUUGAGAUCCUUGUCAAACAUGCUAGGCCUCUCUUCAUCUUUGCUGCAACAGUUUGCCGCUUUGUGGGGGAUUUUCGACUUGGAAGCCCGCAGGAGCAAUUGGAGUACAUAAUUCGCAUUGUUGAAGAUCGAGGAAUUGGAGGUAACAUGAGUGCCACGUACUUGCCUGUCCUCCAUAACCUGACAAAGAAUGGAUAUGGGUUCAGAAUGGAGAACUCCCACCAGCUACAGAGCUUCCGUCAAAUUAUUGGAAAAAUAAUCCUCCUCGAGCAGCCUUUGCACGCUGAGUCUUUAUCAAGCCUGAUCAACACCAAAGCAACCGACAUUCGCCGCAUCGCUGGUCUUCUCAAAUCUGUCCUCGACAUCUCUGAGGACAAAAACCCACUAAUCAGACUAUUUCAUCUAUCGUUUCGCGAUUUCUUGCUGAGUUUAGAGGCAGGGCAGUUCAGAGUUGAUUUCAAAGCAACUCACAAACAAAUUGGACUUGACUGCAUCAGACUGCUCUCAGAUGGAAAGGCUUUGCGGUACAAUAUGUGUGAUCUACAGCCAGGUGAUGGUUUAUCUGGGAUGGACAUUCAGCUGGCAUGUCGACAAUUCCCUCCACAUAUACGGUACUCCUGUUGUCACCUGGUCGACCACUUGGAGCAAUCGGGGAAUGUCAUACGAGAGGACGAUAACUUCCACAGGUUUCUUCGGGUUAACCUUCUGUACUGGAUGGAAGCUUUGUGUUUACUUGGCGAGUCUUCAGCUUUGAUGAAAAUCCCGGGUAGACUGCUGCGUUUGAUCGAGGCAUCCCCCGACAGAGAUCUUGUGAAACUAGUCGAAGAUUUUGAUAUUUUUACUCGCCGUUGGAUUUCAGACAUCUCUAGGUAUCCUCUUCAGCUGUAUUGGUCAGCACUUCAAUUCUCUCCCCACGAAAGUACCAUCCGCAAGGCAUUUGCCAAUUGCAUUCCCACGAGCAUUGACUGCGUUUCGAAGCCGGAUCCUCACUGGUCCGCAUUAAAACUGAUCAACCCUGUUGAAAUUGGUUGUUAUCCAGUCUACUCUACGGCUAUAUCGCCAGAUUCCAUAUACUUAGCCUGUGGUGGUGGAGAUGCGAGUAUUGGGGUCUGGUCGUUGUCCACUGGUGCCGUUGUGCACCGCUUCAGCACCCAGCAUCCAAGCGACGACUACGACCGUGCCAUAGUAUCGCUCGUGUUUUCGGCGGACUCGGCACGACUUGUUGCAGCCUCAGACUGCCACUUUUGCAUCUUCGAUAUGAAGACUGGAUAUUUAGCGCAGAGAUUCUCGUGUACGGAAAAGACGACGAUCCAAAUCGAUAUGUCGCAUCAUUCAGACGAAUUUGCGUCCAUUCAUACCGAUGACACAAUUGCCAUAUGGCGCCCAUUCACGGACAACGAGCCACGAUGGCUCAAAGACCCUGGCUCAUGGGGCUCACAAUCGGCACCUUCAGAGGACAGUGGAUUGGAGUGCUCUGUUUCAGAUGACCUGGAAUCAGCUGGACAAGUUUCCGAGGACCUGGAGUCGAAGGACCUAGAGUCGGAGGACCCCAGACAGCAGCGAUAUCUUUUGGCAGCUGUCGGCUAUUCAAAAGAUUCCAAGCUUAUAGCUGGUUAUUUUCGAACCACAAACACGACGCACAUCUGGUGUGUAGCUACAGGACAACAUCUUCGCCGACUGAUGUCUACGCCGGACGAUCAUCUCUCGAGAGUAUUCUCGUCCUCGUCAAUGAUUCCUUCCAUAAGGCGAGAAAGCGGUGAUGUUGACGUCUUUGACAUCGCGACCGGUGGGCACAUUUAUACGUUACCGGAUGCUGAUCGCAGGGGUCAAAUUGCGAUCUCCCACGACGCUCGCUUUGCCGCAUCUACGUCAGGAAAAAUGAUCACGAUAUGGCGUCUGCGUGAUGGAGGCAUACACAAAAGUAUCACUUCUCGGACUUUACGUCAACACCGCCCUAAGAGCCUCAGCGCACUUCCUAAUUUAAUCUUUUCCGGUGACGGCCAGUAUUUGAUCACGACGAAUGAAGAGUACGUUGGAAUCUGGUCUAUGGCAUCGUUGGCUCAAGCUGAUUCCACCGCGAACGAUAAAAGCCAAUCAUACGACGAGUCGCAGGGGGUUGAAAAAAGCGAAUAUUGCGAGAUUCUGGUAUCGACAGAUCAUUUGGUUGUGACAGCUUCCCGUGCAUCCUUUUGGCGCAGGGUGAAGGUCUAUUCUACAACAAGUGGCAGAGUAAUCCAAACACUGGAAAUCCCUGAUGAAGGGGCGCGAAUUAAUAAGGCUCAGUUUUCACCAGAUCACCGUUAUUUGUUUGUUUCUGACCCUCGCGGCCACCACAACAUUUUGAAUAUCGAUAGCGGAGGCUUGUUCACCAUGAAUCUCGAACUCACACCUCUGGACACUUUCGGUCUCUCAACCCAGCCAGCAGCAUGCGUGUCAUUUUCACAUGAUUCAAUGCUAGUUGCCGCGUCAGGACCACAGGGAGCUGCCAUUUACUGGCUUCUCACAGGCGAACGUUUGGGGCACGUCGCAGAUGGUAUUGGUCCUUUGAUCAUGCCAAAAGAUGGGAAAACACUUUUAUACUGUACUACGGAAGAGUCAAACACGGAGUAUAGGUCGCAGGUGAAAACGUAUUCUAUGGCCACAGCCGAGACAGAGGUUACCCAUCGAUUCUCACACGAGGUAUACGCAAUGGGCCUCUCACCAGACUCAUUAUGGUCCCUUUUUGAGACAACGAAAAGCCACAGCGAAGAUGAACGCGGGUUCAACUGGCUAUGGCUUGUUCACAACCAAAACAAGAACAGGCUCAACAUCAACAGAAGUCACGGCCACUUUUCAACAGCCUUCUCGAACGACUCUUCAAAACUAGUGGAGGCGUGCGCCAGAGCAAAAGGUCAAAACGACGUUGUCAAGAUUUGGUCGCUGCUUACGCGUGCGGUGAUCCAUGUCAUUGAAUUUGGAAAUUCCUUCCUCACUCUUGGCGUAUAUUCAUUUGAAUGUAUUCCACUUGCUUUCUCAGAUGAUGAUAAAGCACUGGUACUGCCCGUUGGAAAGGUUUGCAUUGAUUACGCAUCAGCAUAUCUCAAAGAAUCUGCCAUAUCUCAAAUUGUCCAUUCGUCACCGCAAACUGUUCAACCCCUAUCGGGAUGGUAUGGAUAUGCUUUCAAGCUCGACGAAGGCUGGAUAAUCAAAAACGAUCGCCAGGUGGUGCUACUGCCACCAGAAUGGGCAUGCGGCAAUCCUCGGAAUUGGGUGUCAACACGAGUGCAUGACAAUUAUAUUGCAUGGAUUACUAGAAGAGAAGACCUCUUUAUCAUGAGAACUUCUUCAUAUUGA